AUGUCUACUACCGGUCAUCAAACCCUACUUGCUGCCAAACCGGAGUCGGAACGCACAAUCAAGUUCGAUGCCAACGCUAAAACUAAGGAAGGUACAACGCUGGGCUAUUUCGUUCCAUACGGAGAUACUUCAGCGCAUUCAAAAGCUAUCGUUGAGCGCGCUUUGAAGCAAAGAAGCGAGGCGAAAGAGGGAGGUGUUGUAUGUGAGCCCAGGGAUGAGUAUGCGGAUGAUUCGGAUGACACGAAUGAUUCCGCGGAUGAUAUAGAGACUGAAGACAGCUCUGAAGAUGAUUCUGGAGAUGAUGCGGAAGAUGAUUCUGGGCCGAUGAAUGGGGAUGCGGCGGAAUCAAAGCCGGCGUGGCAGAUGAGAAAUGAUUCUGAGAACUUCUGGGAGUUAAGUGAUCUCGUGCGGCGGAAUGAAAAUUAUUUGACGAGGCAAAAGAAAUAG